CCGUGCCGAUUCUGGUUUCGUAAGCGUGUUCAUUGCAAAGGUCCCAGUUACGAGGGCGUUAUAUAUUUUCCACAUUACUACAAUACAAAAUUACCAUAUUAUAUUUAUAUUGAAUUGAUUUUCUCUAGUCCUUAAUCUCGUAGAUAAUUUAUUGCUACUACCGUGUUAUGUGUUAUAACGAGACUCACGCACAAGGAUAUUUUCCUUUUGAGAUUUUCAAAGCGAAAUUCAUCGGUUGGGACGAAGUUAUAGCCGUAGAUUUCACUCGUACGGCCCAAUCUGUCCGUAAGACGGGCGCUGACUUGACCCAAUGGGCCCGAAAGCAAGAGACGAAAGCGGAUUUGUACGCGCUGUUCAUGCCCAGGCAGCCUCCCAUGCCUGCGCAAGAGGCCAUGCAAUUGGCCGAUGAGUGGAAUGAGGACCUGGAGGCCAUGGAAGCAUUGGUAUUGGAUGGGAAAAAGUUUGUUAAGUUGCCACAGGAGGAGAUGGGCACGUUCUAUUCGCAGGACUGUUACGUUUUCCUAUGUCGUUAUUGGAUGCCAGUGCCUGAUGACGUUGACGAUCCUUCAUCACAUGUUGCAGAUGACGAUGCCGAUGAUUUCCAAUGGGUUUGUUACUUCUGGCAAGGGCGAGAUGCCUCCAAUAUGGGGUGGUUAACCUUCACAUUUACGCUCCAGAAAAAAUUCAAGGCACUGUUUGGUGACAAGUUAGAGGUAGUACGGACUUAUCAGCAACAAGAAAACAUGAAGUUCCUAGCCCAUUUUAAGCGAAAAUUCAUUGUGAAACGUGGUAGCCGACGAAAGAGCAAGGAAGAAAAACCUCAGGUUGAAUUUUAUCAGAUGAGAUCAAAUGGCAGUGCUUUAUACACAAGAUUGGUACAAAUACAGCCAGAUGCUUCUCUGCUGAACUCUGCUUUCUGCUAUAUCUUGAAUGUACCUUUCGAACAAGAUGAUUCUGGUAUAGUAUAUGUCUGGAUAGGCUCAAAGUCUGAUCCAGAUGAAGCAAGAUUGAUUCAAGAGAUAGCCGAGGAAAUGUUCAAUAGUCCGUGGGUCACAUUACAGGUAUUAUCAGAAGGCGAAGAACCCGACAAUUUCUUCUGGUUAGGGCUUGGCGGAAAGAAGCCUUAUGAGAAAGAUGCAACUUUCAUGGAAUACACAAGACUUUUUAGGUGUUCAAAUGAAAAAGGUUACUUAGUGUUUCAGAAAAAUGCUCAGACUUUUGUCAGGAUGACUUGGCAGAUGAUGAUAUUAUGAUUUUGGACAAUGGAGAACAAGUUUUCCUAUGGCUGGGUGCAAAUUGCAGUGAAGUCGAAAUUAAGCUAGCAUAUAAGUCUGCACAG